UUUUGCUCUACUUCAGGACUCACAGCUACCAUGCAGACAACUGUCAAGCAAAGGAGACCCUCCAAAAUGAGGAUGAAGAGGAUAUUAAAGCAGCACAGUGGAUUUUCAAGCCUCCGAGGCCUGCCGGGCCCCUCGCCCCGCUGUCAGCUCUGCUCUCCAGCCCCUUCCUGCGGCCGCAGCUCCCCGCCCGCCGGCCCUGCCCGCGCUUCGUCUCGGCGCCCCGUCGAGACGCCCCGGGGCCUCCCCGCUUCGGCCCUGCGGGCUUGGCGGCGCUGCUGGCCGGGAGUGGGGCGGCCGCCCGCUGCCCGCUCGCCGCCCUGCUGCGGGGCCGCUGGGCUGAGCCGCCGCCGGCCCCCGCCCCGGCCCCGCCGCCGCCCAGCCGCCUCCCGCCGGAGCGCCAGAGAUGCCCGGCGUGCCACGGAGCCGCGCCGCCGCAGCCCCGCGCUGCCCCCGAGCCGCCCGGCGCUCCCAUGGGAUCAGAGCGGACGGAGAUGCGCAAACGGCAGAUGUCCACAACCCAGGAGACCCCAGGCGCUGCACCAGCUCAGCACAGCACAGGAAAUCGAGGGUCCAACGCCUGCUGCUUUUGCUGGUGCUGUUGCUGCAGCUGCUCAUGUCUUACUGUUAGAAAUCAAGACGAAGAGAGAGCAAGGAGAACAUCUCAUGAACUCCAAGCAGAGGGUAUUCCAAACUGCGAGGAAAGCCCUGCUCCUACUCUUGAAGAAGUAAAUGCCUGGGCUCAAUCAUUUGACAAGUUGAUGCUUACUCCAGCUGGCAGAAAUGCUUUUCGUGAAUUUCUACGAACAGAAUUCAGUGAGGAAAACAUGCUUUUCUGGAUGGCCUGUGAGGAAUUAAAACAAGAAUCCAACAAAAGUGUCAUUGAAGAAAAAGCAAGACUAAUUUAUGAAGAUUAUAUUUCUAUCCUUUCUCCAAAAGAGGUCAGUCUGGACUCCAGAGUAAGAGAAGUUAUUAACCGAAAUAUGCUGGAACCCUCACAACACACCUUCGAUGACGCACAGCUGCAAAUUUAUACCUUAAUGCACAGAGACUCCUACCCCCGGUUUAUGAACUCUGCUAUUUAUAAGGACUUGCUUCGGUCCUUAUCUGAAAAAUCCAUUGAAGCAUAGCAUUUUUUCUUAAAUGUAUUUAUUUUAAAACAAAUGGAACUCUGGGCUACACCAAUCCACAGGGAAUUUAGAAUUAAUCAGAUAUUUACCUGAAAAUAACUCAGGCAAGUUUUACUACAGACUGAAAGAUUUAAACCCACACAAGGUUCCGACACAAUCAGCUAACUACAGUUUCUGAUCAAAUUCAGUGUUCCUUUGCAGAAGAGAAUGAAGAGAAAAUGCUGUUGUUCAAAAAAUGCAGUAUUUUUUCAAAUGCAGCAUGCAACUCAGAUGCAAAUCUGUUACAAUGUAUGUCUGAGGUACAAAUGCCAACUGAGCAUGAAAACCAAAUUUUAAGUGGAGUCUUAGAAUUUUCUUGAAAACCAAACCAGUUGCCCAUCCACACUGUGAUCAAAGUAAAAACACUACUGUCAAUAUCUGGGUUACACUAGACAAAGUUUCACAUAUUGUACCAAUUGUACCUGGCACAGGUACACUCCACUUGUCUUGGUAUAUUUAAUGCGUAUACGGUGCACUAAUGGAAAUCAGUAUGGCAAUCUCAAGUUUAUGAAAGCUAAUGAUUGAAAUAAUGCUGCCUAUAAAAAUCUUUUGCUGAAGAAUUGUUAUUUUACUACUAGAGUCUGCUGAAUGCAUUUUUAAGUUCAUAUUGUUGAUGUUUAUAAAGUUAAAUUAUUUACUUAAGAGGAAGAAGAAUCUGGGCAUUUAAAUUCCAAAAUAAAGCACAAGAAUUCUCACAUAUUGUUCUCUUCCCUCCAUAGGUAGAUGUAAAAACCCUUCAUUAUUCACUCCUGAGAGGAUGGCAGUAUCAGCUGUCUUGGUUUUGUACAUAUUAAAUUCUCCCAUUACCUGG